CCGUCACGACGCUGCCCCCGCCCGCCCCGUGCCCGGUGCCGGUCUCCCCGCGGUGCUCGCAGCCAUGGCCCGGCCCUGCGCUGCCGGUGGCGGUGCCGGUGGCGGUGGGGGCGGUGGCGGCUUCCCCCGGCAGCCCGGCGGCCCGCAGGGGGGCUCCUCGUCGGGCCGCGGGCGCGGCCGGGCGCUGAAGGAUAUCCGCGUGGACGAGGAGGUGGAGAUCGCCGUCAGCGCGGCCCUGGAGCGGUUCCGAUACGGGGACGAGAAAGAGAUGGAGUUCCCUUCUUCCUUUACGAACAUCGAGCGGGCCUUCGUGCACCGGCUGUGCCAGUCGCUCGGGCUGGUAUCGAAGAGUAGAGGAAAAGGAUCAAAUCGAUACCUGACUGUAAGGAAGAAAGAUGGAUCAGAAGUAAUUCAUGCAGUAAUGACUUGUUGUUUGGUUCCAACGACAAAACAUGCCAUUCAGAGGUUGAUUCAGAGAUUUCCUGUCACAAGCAAAGAACGAACAGAACUUCUGCCAAAGACUGAGCGAGGAAAUGCAUUUGCUGUGGAAGCUGAAAACAGAGAAAUCAACAAGGCAAGUGGACGGCUGAACAGUGGUAUCCCUCAGGUUCCUGUGAAAAGAGGGGAAUCGGAGUUCGAUUAUUUCAGGCAGUCACUACCAGUUUUUGAAAAACAGGAGGAAAUUGUCAAAAUAAUCAAGGAAAAUAAAGUUGUUCUAAUUGUGGGAGAGACUGGAUCAGGAAAAACUACUCAAAUUCCUCAGUUCCUUCUUGAUGACUGUUACAAAAAUGGAAUUCCCUGUCGUAUAUUUUGCACUCAGCCAAGACGUUUGGCAGCUAUUGCUGUGGCUGAACGAGUGGCGGCAGAAAGAAGAGAAAAGAUUGGCCAGACAGUUGGUUAUCAGAUCCGAUUAGAAAGCAGGGUUUCUCCAAAGACACUGUUAACAUUUUGCACUAAUGGCAUACUACUUCGCACACUAAUGACAGGAGACAGUGCUCUAUCAACAGUGACACAUGUUAUUGUGGAUGAAGUACAUGAGAGGGAUAGAUUCAGUGACUUCUUGUUAAUAAAACUGAGAGAUGUAUUGCAGAAACAGAGUAAUUUAAAACUAAUCAUUUCUAGUGCUGCUCUAGAUGCGAAUCUCUUUAUUAGGUAUUUUGGAAGUUGCCCCGUAAUACACAUACAAGGAAGGCCUUUUGAAGUUAAAGAGAUGUUUUUAGAGGACAUUUUACGAAGCACUGGAUAUACAAACAAAGAGAUGUCAAAGUACAAAAAGGAGAAACAGCGAGAAGUAAAACAGCAAAGCACUCUUACUGAGUGGUAUUCUGCUCAAGAAGAUAGUAGCAAGACAGAAUCUCAGAGACAAAGAUCUGUUCCAAAUCUAUCUGAAGAGUAUAAUCUGAUGGAUGAUGUGGGUGACACAGUAUUUAAUCAACUGACUGAAAAAGAUGCAAAUUGUCUUGAACCAUGGCUAAUAAAGGAAAUGGAUUCUUGUCUUUCUGACAUCUGGUUGCAUAAAGAUAUUGAUUCCUUUGCUCAGGUGUUCCAUUUAAUUUUAACUGAAAAUGUUAGUGUUGAUUAUAGGCACAGUGAAACCAGUGCAACUGCACUAAUGAUUGCAUCAGGGAGAGGCUUCCUGAGUCAAGUAGAACAACUGAUUAGCAUGGGAGCAAGUAUCCACUGCAAAUCAUCCAAUGGCUGGAUGGCUCUGGACUGGGCUAAGCACUUUGGGCAGACGGAGGUUGUUGACCUGUUGGAAUCCUACAGUGCAUCAGUAGAAUUUGGAAAUCUGGAUGAAAGUUCCCUUGUUCAGUCAAGUGGUAAUGACCUUGAAGCAGAGGACAGAGAAUUGUUGAAAGCUUAUCAUCACAGUUUUGAUGAUGAAAAGGUGGAUCUGGACCUGAUCAUGCACAUACUUUAUAACAUCUGUCACACUUCAGAUAGUGGAGCAAUUCUAAUAUUUCUUCCUGGCUAUGAUGAGAUAGUUAGCUUGAGGGACCGUAUUCUUUUUGAUGACAAGAGAUUUGCUGACAAUGCUCACAGAUAUCAAGUUUUCAUGCUUCAUUCAAAUAUGCAGACUUUGGAUCAGAAGAAAGUGCUUAGAAGUCCACCUUCUGGUAUUCGCAAAAUAAUUCUUUCUACUAAUAUUGCAGAAACCAGCAUCACAGUUAAUGACGUUGUAUUUGUUAUUGACUCCGGCAAGAUGAAAGAGAAAUCUUUUGAUGCACUGAGUUGUGUUACAAUGCUAAAAACUGUGUGGAUUUCAAAAGCUAGUGCCAUCCAGAGAAAAGGCAGGGCUGGGCGCUGUCGGCCUGGAGUCUGCUUCCGUCUCUUCAGCAGGCUCAGAUUUCAGAAUAUGUUGGAAUUUCAGACUCCAGAACUUCUACGAAUGCCACUUCAGGAGCUUUGUUUACACACAAAACUGCUGGCUCCAAUUAAUUGUCCAAUUGUUGACUUCCUUAUGAAAGCUCCUGAUCCUCCACCGGCUUUAAUUGUGAGAAAUGCUGUGCAAAUGCUUAAGACAAUAGAUGCUAUGGAUCCUUGGGAGGACCUCACUGAACUUGGUUAUCAUCUUGCUGAAUUACCAGUAGAGCCACACCUUGGUAAAAUGGUGCUGUGUGCUGUUGUUUUGAAGUGCCUGGAUCCCAUUCUUACUAUUGCUUGUACUCUUGCAUAUCGGGACCCUUUUGUCCUACCUACACUGGCCUCUCAGAAGCGUGCAGCUUUGCUGUGCAGAAAACGUUUAACUGCAGGAACGUUUAGUGACCAUAUGGCACUUCUCAGGGCUUUCCAGGCAUGGCAGAAGGCACGGAGUGAUGGCUGGGAGAGAACCUUCUGUGAAAAGAACUUUCUUUCUCAGGCCACCAUGGAAAUCAUCAUAGGAAUGAGAACACAAUUGCUUGGUCAGCUUAGAGCUUCAGGUUUUGUCAGAGCCCGAGGAGGAGCUGAUAUCAGAGAUGUUAACACUAACUCUGAAAACUGGGCUGUAGUUAAAGCUGCCUUGGUGGCUGGGAUGUAUCCCAAUCUAGUACAUGUGGACAGGGGAAACCUGGUUUUGACGGGACCAAAAGAGAAGAAAGUGCGUUUUCAUCCUACCUCUGUUCUUAAUCAGACUCAGUAUAAAAAGAUUCCACCAGCGAACGGGCAAGCUGCAGCUGUUCAGGCACUCCCCACAGACUGGCUUAUAUAUGAUGAAAUGACAAGAGCUCACAGGAUAGCAAAUAUCAGAUGUUGUUCAGUUGUAACAUCUGUCACUGUGGCACUCUUCUGUGGACCAGCUAGGUUACCACGUAACGCUUUGCAGGAGCCUUCAUUGCUUCGAGGGGAUGGGGUAUCCAAUGAGAACAGUGAUAGUGAGCUGGAGGAUGAAGCAAAUUCUAAUUCAGCGUUACUGAAGCUAGAUGAAUGGCUUCAUCUCAAACUGGACUCUGAGGUUGCUUGUUUGCUGUUGCAACUCAGACAGAAGUGGCAUAGCUUAUUUCUGCGUCGUAUGCGAGCUCCUUCUAAACCGUGGUCUCAAAUUGAUGAAACGAUAAUAAAAGCAAUCAUAACUGUUUUAAGUACUGAAGAACAGGCUGCAGGUUUGCAGCAGCCUUCAGGAAUUGGUCAGAGGCCAAGGCCUAUGUCUUCUGAAGAACUUCCUUUAGCAUCUGCAUGGAGGUCAACCAGCAGUAGAAAUAGCUCAGCAGAAACUGAAUUGCCUGAUGACUCCUCUAAUGCUGAAAAAAUUUUAAUGAAAUCUAUGCCUCCAGAAUUCCAGCCAAAGAAAUACAACAAAAAAAACACUUCGCACUCCAAACGAACAUCAGAUGACAGGUCAGAUCAAUCAUCAGCGAGGUCUACAGACAGUAGUAGCUAUCCUAGCCCAUGUGCUAGUCCUUCUUCAACAACAUCUGGAAAGGCCUCCCAAUCUCCUUCACCAAGAUCAAAUAUGCCAGUUCGGUACUUCAUAAUGAAAAGUAGCAACUUGCAAAACCUUGACAUUUCUCAGCAGAAAGGUAUAUGGUCUACAAUGCCAAACAAUGAACGAAAACUAAAUAGAGCUUUCUGGGACAGCAGCAUGGUUUACUUAAUAUUUUCUGUUCAAGGAUCUGGACACUUUCAGGGAUUUGCCAGAAUGUCUUCUGAGAUAGGGAGUGAGAAAAGUCAAGACUGGGGAUCUGCCGGUUUAGGAGGUAUAUUUAAGGUGGAGUGGAUCCGAAAAGAAAGCAUUCCUUUUCAGUUUGCACACCAUUUGCUCAACCCUUGGAAUGACAAUAAGAAAGUACAAAUAAGCAGAGAUGGCCAGGAGCUGGAACCACAAGUUGGAGAGCAGUUGCUACAACUUUGGGAUCGUAUUCCUUUGGCAGAAAAAACUCAACUGAGUUGAGGAUGUAAAGUAAUAUAGUAGAGCUGUGGUUGUCAAAACAUCACUUAAAAGUGGUAAAACCAGCACUGUGCCUACAACAUAAAGAAGAGGAAGAAGGUGGUGCAAGAAGCUCCUGAAGUUGUUAGUAAUGCUGUGCUGCUAGCAGUGGGGGGGAGA